UUACAAGCUAUAGAAGAGCUAGGAAUAGCUGACUACCUCUUUCCAUGGCCGGCCUCAUUACCAGACAUGAGUCCUAUUGAGGCUAUUUGGUGUUUACUGAAGUGGCGUAUCUCCAGCUGUAAUCCCCGCCCAACAACUGUCUCUGACCUCAAAGCUGCUAUCUUGGCUGAAUGGGAUCUCAUCACCCCUGCCGAGGUUGCCCGCCACACAACCUCCAUGCCUCACCAGGUUACUGAUCUUGUUAGUGCUAAUGGUGGGCAUACCUCUUGGUGA